GGCGUGUUCACCGACAGGGAAACACCUCUUAUCAACCCACAUUCCAAUAAUAAUGAAACCCAUCAUGGACCUCCCCUUCCCCCACUAACGCGAUACCAUGUCUUCAGAACCUCCCAUGACUUCUCCUCCUCUACCUUCACCAAAUGGAAUAAUAAAUAAUCAUUCCAAUGCUCAGCUCGCACAUCUACUACAUAACAGUUAUUGCGACAAUGACAGACUCACAAAAGAACUUGGCAACACAAAGAAACGGCUAGAAAAAGCAGAACGUCUGCUAGCAGAAUUUCAAGCUGCAACCGUUAAUGGUGCUCCCCUCUCAGGCGAGGCUCGUCGUGUCAUCGAAGAAGCUGAGGCACGUGUAGCCCAUGCUGAUAGACAGAGAGACGAGGCAGAAGCACGCAGACGAGUUGUUUUCGAAUCUUACGAAGAACUCAAUAAAUACCUCGCCGCCAUCGAAUCUCGUGCUGCAGACGCACGUGCUGGUUUUCAGCGCAUCCUUAGAGAUGCAGGCGGUCAUCUUGUCUUGACCCCAAUCCCAAAUCAAAUUCAGCAUGACCACAGCCCUUACUCUGCCAAUCCCAGCAUCACUGUAGAGCCCCCACCCCGUUCAUACCCUCGAUCUCAUCAUCGCUACACCUCCUCGUCACUUAGUUCUUCUGCACUCCCUCCAGGCCCGCUCCCUCCACCACCAUCUACUCGUGGCGUCCGUCCUCGCUCAGGCAGCUUCGAUGACCCUUCCUAUCUCAUUGCACUACCCCAGCCUCCUUCCAAACGACUACGUAACGAACGUGGUGAAUAUGACCACAGGCCCCCCCUCUCCGCUAGCUCCAUGUCACGCGGACGUAUCCCUGACAUCGAUCCCCACACCCAACAGCUUCCCCAGAUUCAACACCUCAACCACCAUCUUACCAUUCAGCCUACUCUUAAAUCUCACUCCCGCUCCAGCAGCCACUCUAGUGUCCGUGCUACUUCGCAGGACAUCGAGGAUCUCCUCCUUGACGCUGCCACUGAUGAAAGGAGCGUUCUGAAUGCUCGUGAACAACAGCCACAAUCUCCUCGUGCCGUUUUGGCUGCCCACCAGUCAAGGGGUAUCCCCGUAGGUCCAUUAGAUCAGCCCGGGGAGCUCAGGACCUAUCAAACUCAUAUUUUUGCCCCUCCCGUUACUGGCGCUCCCCAAAAGAAAGGCAAACCAGGGUCAAGCGCAAAUAUCACUCAUAAUGGCUCCCCACUAACACCUCCUAACGCCCUCGUCACUCCCAUCGCACCAGUUCCUCCGCCUGCCAUUCCCCCCACCACCUCGUUCCCCCCCACUAACGCUAUCGGCCAGCGCAUCUGCCGCCAAUGCGGCUUACCAGGGCGCUACAAAGACAACAAGUGCGUCGAAAAAUGGGGCCCUGGGCCAGAAGGGCCUGGUACGGUGUGCGAUCGCUGUAGAAAAAAAAUGAAGCGUGUAGAACGGCGGGGAACAACCGACGCAAAUGUGGGUGGCAGUAACAACGCCAGUGCAGCUCGAUUGCACCGUACGGAUACCAUUCCUGUCAGUGCGAUUGCCGGGACACAGAGACAAACACAGUCGCAGUCGCAAGUCUUUCCAAGCUCAGCGUCUUUCGUGCCGCCUGUGCUUUUACAGGAUAAGAAACGCACUAGUGGGUCUGCAAAGGACCGUGAGAGAGAUCGGAACCGUGACCCUCCCUCCCCACCCGCGAUUGCUACUCUACAGACCACAGACGACGAAGACCCUGGACGAAGACGACGGGGUGCGGUGUCCUCUGCGCAACAUCUUCCUUCUCCGCACUCCGACCCCAACACAGAUCCAGACGCAGACGGCGAAGGCGAUGCGGAUGUAGACGCGGAGUUGAGAGAAGCAGCCGAUGCCGCUGCUGACCACCGCAGUGCGUCUUCGACUGGCAUGAAGGAGGAAGACAUGGAAGUUGGGGAGUAAGCACAUGAAGGCCGAAAUGACUCCAAAAAAUUCGUGAAGGCUCUACACGGCGAGAAGAUGAAUGUAAUAUUUCUGCGCGUUCAUAUGUCUUGCGCUUCCUUGAUCGCCGUCCUCGCUCCCCGGACUCUGCUGUCUUGCUGUUUCUCGUCUUAGAUCUCCGGUGACCUUCGAUAUUGAUCAUCGUCCAGUCGAAUUUCUUUCUAUCACCUAAUGCAAACCAUCCAAUCGGAUUACCCCACACCCCAAUCAUAUGUUUUCGUCCCAUGCUCGUCUCGCUAUCUGCAACUGUUGACCUCGUGCUCUUUUUUGUUUCAUUUUUUUGUGUUUUUUCUUCUUCUGCUUCAUGCGGUUCAUCCUCCAUCAUUUCAUGCUAUCUGUAUCAAUUCAACUAGUCCGUGUCGAGUCGAUCAGUCCGCGUUAAGUCAACAGGUCUGUGCUUUGUCGACGCUGUGCAUCACACAUACCCU